GAGGAUAGACGCAAACAAAUAGCAAAAACAAAAAAAAACAUUGAACAUUGCAGCUAUGGCUCCCACAUUGCAAGGCGAGUGGAUCAAGGUGCAGCAGAAAGGAGGAGAGGGACCUGGAGCAAGAAGCUCACACGGCAUAGCCGUGGUCGGAGACAAGCUCUACUCUUUCGGUGGCGAGCGUACGCCAAACAUUUCCAUCGACAAACACCUUUACGUCUUUGACUUCAACACUCACACUUGGUCAAUCGCCCCGGCCAACGGACAAGCCCCUAACGUCAAGGCCCUGGGCACCCGCAUGGUGGCCGUGGGAACUAAGCUCUAUCUAUUCGGAGGCCGCGAUGAGAAGAAACAGUUCGACGACUUUUACUCGUACGAUACAGUGACAAAGGAGUGGAAGUUCCUCACCAAGCUCGAUGAAGAGGGAGGACCUGAGGCUCGUACUUACCACUCGAUGGCUUCGGAUGAAAACCACGUGUAUGUAUUCGGCGGGGUGAGCAAAGGCGGGGUUAUGAAGACCCCCUUUAGGUUCAGGACCAUCGAGGCGUAUAACAUUGCUGAUGGGAAGUGGGCUCAGCUACCUGAUCCUGGUGAGCAGUACCCUACGUUCGAGAGAAGAGGAGGAGCUGGAUUCAUUGUGGUGCAAGGGAAGAUUUGGGUGGUUUACGGGUUUGCAACUUCACCUGAUCCUAAUGGAAAAAACGAUUAUGAGUCUGAUCUUGUGCACUACUUUGAUCCUGCUACUCAAAAGUGGACCGAAGUGGAGACUAAAGGAGAGAAACCUUCUCCAAGAAGCGUGUUUGCGCAUGCGGCAGUAGGAAAAUACAUAAUAAUAUUUGGAGGUGAGGUCGGGCCGGAUCCAAACGGACAUUAUGGUCCCGGAACAUUGACCAAUGAGGGUUACGCGUUGAACACCGAGAGUUUGGUGUGGGAGAAGUUUGGAGGAGGAGCUGAACCGGGUGAACUCGGUUGGCCUGCCUACACGACUGCUACCGUCUAUGGAAAGCAAGGCCUCCUCAUGCAUGGAGGAAAACGUCCCACCAACAACCGUACCGAUGAGAUGUACUUCUACGCGGUCCAUUCCGCCUAAACAAUGCGCUCUCACUACUCUCUAAGGUUCGUUUGUGAAGUUUCAAAAAAAAAAAGGGUUUGUUUGUGUGGUGAGUAUUACUAUUUGUGUUGUGUCUCAUAAUAUGUAAUGUAAGGUAUAAUAAUGGUUUGUGAAACCUAUGAAAUAUAGCCAACUAUGUAUGGCUUAUUAUCAACUCAAAUUAUGUGUGUUUUUUCGUUUGUAAAACUGCAAUCAUUGGAAUAAUAUUACU